GAUAAUCGCUUUUUUUCGGAUGUGACACAUACAGACACAAGGUGUAAAUAUAAUACUCAGUAUUGUCAAUACUGCUUAUGUGUAUUUUUUUUUACUAAUUUUACUAAUUUUUUAUGGCAUAAUUUAAUUUCAGGGAUUUCAAAACAUUUUCAUCUUGGUUCUUUGGUUGAUUUAAUGAAUAAUGUUUAUGAAGAUGAGGAUACGGAUUUUGAAGAUGUUCUUGAUGAUGAUGAUUUACAAACACUCGAAUCACGUAAAGAUGUGUAUGAGAAUAGCCGGCCACUUGUUUUUCGCCCCAAAUAUAAAAUAAGGCCAGAUGCGGAUCAGGCUUGUUAUUUUUUGCUAAGAAAAGCUGAGUUUCAGAUUUAUUCUAAACUUAAUGAAUUGUAUGAUAUGACUCAGAUAGAAGCAAAUGAAUAUAUGCCUGAUGAAUUUUUUAAAAAGUUGGAUUUUUAUUUGCCUGAUAAUGAUUACUAUGAUUUGAUAAAGAAAAAAGAAGAAGUAGCGCGUGUUCAAGGCAUUUUUGUGCCCCCUCCUGUGAUUAGCAGGCAUAUCUCGAAUCGUCGAAAGAGGAGAGAUUCAGGUUCUUUUAGUGAAACUCAUUCAUCUCGAUCAUCAACACCUGCUUCUACAAGAGAUCUUCGAAAACUUUGA